UUGGAUUUUCUUUUUCACGGUGACGGGGCGUCACGUAUAUUUUCAGCAUAGCGUAGGUGUUUGGCUCUGUUGAAGUACUCAAGACAUGACUAGGUACGGGCAGGGCAGCGUUGGAGACUUUUUUGACUUGCUCUUCUACCUCUACUUUUUCUUCUACUUGUUCCUGUAUUGCAUGGACAUUGCCCGCGAGGGUGUGACCAAGGGUGUUUGUUUGUUGUGGGGCGGCGCAUACCAAAAAGAAAAUCGCUCAAGGACUGGUGAUGGGGGCAUUUGCGGCAUUUGUGGCACACGGGGUCUUGUCAUUUAUUCCGUGGUAGAGAAUAUGGUGUCUACGAAGGCCGACGUCAGCCUGAGUGGUGUGGUGUAGUAGUAGACUAGGCAUCUGUGUGG